GAGCGUCUGAGAAGAUGCGACUUAAGAAUUGAACCGUGUUUAUUUAUAAACGCUGUUUAAUGGCUUUUUCAACGACUGACUGGAUGGAGGUGAAACAUCCCGCCGCUCGUCUGUUUGACGCGUAAUCCUUUUUUAUUGUUUCAUAUCUCACUGUGAAUGAGUUUGGAAGAAGAGCAGCUCGUUUGCGUCAAUUCAAAGUUCAGCUGCGCCGCGGAGGCUCCUCCUCGUGAACUUUGGCAGCUUGGUUUUAACGAGUAAACCUUCCGUCUCUCGCUCUCUCACGCGCCGCCUGAGGACCCCGCACCUAUUGCCAGCAAUGUUUGCUGCGUGGUGGCUGCUCUGCCUGCUCCUGCCAGGAGUGAGGCCCUUCAUGCUCCACCACAGCCGCACCGCCUUGUGUCUGGAGGAGGAGGAGGCCACGGGGACAGUCCAGAUGAAGCGCUGUGCCCUGGACUCCCACGCUCAGCAGUGGGCGUGGCUCCCUGGCGGCCGGCUCAGGAACGUCGCCUCCCUCCGGUGUGUGUCCGCUCAGCCCGACGCUCCGGUCCGGACGGUGUCAUGUGACGGGUCCGAUGGCGACCCCUCGGAUUUGGAGUGGGACUGCGACAGCAACAGGCUGAUGGCCAGGAAGGCGGCCAUGUUUCUCACGGUGGCUGGACGACAGGUGGCGCUAGAGCCCACCCCGGUGCACGUGAAGUGGAGGUCCGUGGACGUGGGCGACAUCUGCCAGGAAAAACUCCGAUCCAAAAGGGCGUCAGGGCCGAAUGAGGAGGAGCAUGAAGAGGAGCGUGUGAUGCUGACUGAGGAGGAGAAGCAGUACCUGCGCUGGUUCUACCGCACCGAGGACCCCACAAUAUGGAAGUUUGUGCUGCUGGGCUUUGCCUUCGUCUGCCUUCUGAUCGGCUUCCUGCUGCUGGGAAUGGGAAUCAUGGGCAGCAAGAACAGGAAGAAGAUAGCCAGAAUCAAGGCUGCCCUGGCUCAGAGGAACAACAUGGAGGAGCUGCAAGUCAUGUCGACGGCGAGGGACGACGGCGAACCGUCCACGCCGGGACCUCAACACGCGGCCAAGACCCCGCCUGUCAACGGCGACGUGAUGGACGUGAAAGCUGGAAGCAUCGUGGUCACGUGGAAGGACGGCAACACCUCCAACCUCUACUCUGACCCGGGAGAGGAGGAGCAGACGGAGGAGGAGGGGGAGGGGGUGUGUGUGGAGGAGGAGGAUAGGGAGGAGGGAAGCGAGCGACUGGCGGACACAAGUCAAGUGCUCGUGUCCACUGCAGCUACUGUUUGAUUCUAACUCUCAUUUGGUCUCAGUCUAUGAAACAAUAUGGACCAACUCAGUUGUUUUACAAGAAGAACUAACGGUUACAAGGGAACUGAACUGAGUGAAGAGCUACAAGACACGUCAGCGAUCACAGCAGAAUCAUUGUUUUUACAUGUUUUCUUUCAAAAAUAUCUGCAUAAUAAUGGCAUCGAUGAGCUUAUGAUCUGUAUCAUUUUCUAUGGUUAAGUUUCAGGCUACCUCCUUAAAUCACAUGAAAAAUAUAUAUAUGAUUGACAUUGUGGACAAGCCAUUCAUUUGAGUUUUUUUUCUCUAUUUGCCUGUUUUUUUUAUUUUAUAUAUAUGUCAACAGUUACCAUUAUUCUCUGUAACAAUGUCAAGAGAUUCAAUAAAUACGCAUUUAAAUCACA